AUGAAGUUGAGAUUGAAACUUCAUUUAAUUAUAUUGAUAGUAAUUUGGUUUUUCACUUUUUAUUAUCACGAAAGAUAUCUUCCCUAUAAAGCUGCAAGGAGUUGUGAUUGGUCAAAUUGGAAUCACCACGAUGUAGGCCAUAAAUAUCCAUCCGAAAAUAAUGACAAUAAUAACAAUAAUAACAAUAACCACAAUAUUAAUGAUGACAACAAUGACCUGGAAUAUUAUAAAAUAAUGUUAAUUGCCGAUCCUCAAUUAAUAGAUAAUCAUACUUAUCCCAAUUACAAUAAUUUUCUAUUAACUCUCUCAAAAAUAACCUCUGACAAUUACUUGAAAAAAAAUUUCAAAUCGUUAUCGAAUUAUUUAAAACCACAGGCUUUAAUCUUCUUGGGCGACUAUCUCGAUAAUGGAAGAUCUUCUUCUUCUGAAUAUUACUCCAAUGAGUUCAAUAGAUUUCAGAACAUUUUUAAAAACUAUAAUAAUUUAAAUUCGAAUAAAAUUAUAAUGAUUCCGGGAAAUCAUGACAUAGGUUUCGGCAAUGGUGUCAAACUAGAUUCUGUGCAAAGAUACGAAGAAAAUUUUGGAACUUUGAUUCCAAAACAAUUGUUCAAUUUCUUGAUAAUCCCCCUAGAUUCUUUAUCAUUAUCAAAUAGUGAAAACCCAAAGAUCUAUUCAAAACCACAGAAAUUUUUAGAUAACCUAUCAAACCAAGAAAAAUUAUUACCUAGAAUCCUUCUAUCCCAUGUUCCUCUAAUAAGAAACCAAGAUGACUAUUGUGGCAAAUACAGAGAAAGCAAUAUUUUCCCCUUUACAAAGGGCUACCAAUACCAAACAGUUUUAGAUUCCGAUAUCUCAAAUGAUAUUCUUGAUAAAAUUAAACCUGAUUUGAUAUUCAGUGGUGAUGAUCACGAUUACUGCGAAGUUUACCACGAUAUCCAUAAUAAUAAAAAAAAAGUUAAAGAAAUCACAGUUAAAUCUAUAUCAAUGACAAUGGGCAUCAAAUAUCCCGCUGUUCAACUAUUGACUGUUUAUAAAAAUAAAAAUAACAAUGACGAAAAUUAUUUAAAAUAUGAAACAGAGAUUUGCUAUUUACCUACUCCAUACAUUGAUAUCAUAACAUAUGUUAUAUUGAGUAUAAUAUCCGGGCUAACUAUAAUA